UUUCUGCUUAUGAAAGUCAGAAAGGGCUUUAACGAUGGCCUGUUUCUGCCUUUGCAUGUGUACAAGAUGAGAACAAGGUGUUUAAAAGCCUGACUAUGAGCAAUGGUGGUGACUUGUUAAUCAGGAAUUAUUCAAAAAAGGAGAACGGUGCCACAGUCACGGAGAACAACAACAGAGUCUGCUGAGGGAGAAGUGAAGGAGUAAAACUUUUGUGGGUGGGUGGAAGCUAAGGGAAGAGGGAGGGAAAAAAUUUUGGCAAGCAACGGAUGGUGCUUUGCAUCAGUUUAACAGUGAGCAAUAAGCUUCUUUCCUCUCAUUGUACACCACCCUUCCCUCCUCCUGGUCACUCAGGACCCUAUAAAUAAUUCGUUUUCUCCUGUCUUUCUCACUUCCCAGUUUUUAAGGCAGCAGGGAAAGCCAGCCUACGAGGCUAGAGAAAGAGAAAGGAGAAAAGGGCAAAGAGGAGAAAGAAGAAAGAGGAAAAAGAGAAGAAGAAGAAGAAGAAGAGGAAGAAGAAGAAGAAGAAGAAGAAGAAGAAGAAGAAGAAGAAGAAGAAGAAGAAGAAGAAGAAGAAGAAGAAGAAGAAGAAGAAGAAGAAGAAGAAGAAGAAGAAGAAGAAGAAGAAGAAGAAGAAGAAGAAGAAGAAGAAGAACAUCAUGGCUAGUGAAUUCAAGAAGAAAGCUUUCUGGAGAGCUGUCGUGGCUGAAUUUUUGGCCAUGAGUCUCUUCAUCUUCAUCAGCAUCGGCUCAGCCUUGGGUUUCCAAUUCCCUGUGAUGGUCAACAAGACCAUCACGCCCAUUCAAGACAACGUGAAAGUCUCCUUGGCUUUUGGCAUCUCCAUUGCCACCAUGGCCCAAAGUGUGGGCCACAUCAGCGGAGCCCACUUGAACCCGGCCGUGACUUUGGGUCUUCUGCUCAGCUGCCAGAUCAGCAUUCUCCGGGCUGUCAUGUACAUCGUGGCGCAGUGCUUGGGGGCUGUGGUGGGCACUGCCAUUCUUUCCGGCAUCACGUCCAAUCUGGAGGGCAAUUUGUUGGGACUCAACCAGUUGGCACCUGGGGUCAAUCCUGGGCAAGGCCUGGGCAUUGAAAUCAUCGCUACGUUGCAGCUGGUGUUGUGUGUGCUAGCCACAACGGACAAGAGGCGAACGGACCUGUCCGGAUCAGCACCAUUGGCCAUCGGUCUUUCUGUUGCCUUGGGUCACCUGCUGGCAAUUGAUUACACCGGUUGCGGCAUCAACCCUGCACGUUCUUUCGGAUCAGCAUUGGUGACCACUAACUUUGCCGACCACUGGGUCUUCUGGGUUGGCCCCUUAUUGGGGGGUGUCAGUGCAGCUCUCAUCUACGACUUCAUCCUGGCACCCCGAAGCAGCGAGAUCACAGAACGCAUGAAGGUUUGGACCACCGGCAACGUGGAAGAAUAUGACCUUGACGCCGAUGACUCGCGAGUAGAGAUGAAACCGAAAUAAAAGGAAGGUCGGAAAAACACGGCACCCAUUUCUGAAAAUGUGCUCUUUUUUUACACUUGCCUCUGUUCGAUCAGUAUUAUAGACUCUUUCUAAAACGACCUGCCAUUUUUCCAAAUGUUUUUAUAAGUCGCUAUGUUUUUAUUUUUUUUUUCCUCUCCAAAUUUCUGGAUUGGGAGGGGAGCAUCUUGGGAGAAAUGAAGGGAGAUGUUUCUAGAGCCUCAUAUUUUUGUUCUGGAGCCAGAAGGACAGGUGCCUUGAAAAAUAGAUUAUUUUUGUAUUAUUUCAGCCCAGAGUGAUAGCAAGAGUCUGCCUGCAGAAGGGAAGAAAUAUGGAAAAAUAUUAUCCAGAGAGAGAAAAAAAAACACAGUCAAGGAAGGGCAAUGCCUUGAUAUUAGUUUUUAGAAGUGAGAAAAUCAGUGGGAAAAAUAAAUUUAGUAGAGUUUUCUAGAGCUUCUGGGCCAUUUGGAGAUAUUAGGAAAAUAAAUAUUUUUUUCCUAUUGUUAGGGAAUAGAAUGCACGCAUAAACAAAUAAACACCCCCCACCCCCCACAUUUUGUAUAGAUAUAUUUUGAUUCUAUGUCCUCAAAUCAGUGUUGACUUAUAAAAGCAACAUAGAGACAUGUUUCUUGAACUUUGCCCAAUAUAAGCUGGGGGGACUUCAACUCCCAGAAUUCUGCUGCUGAGAAUUGAAGUCCAUACCUGUUAAAGCACGGGUCUGGGGAAUUCUGGGAGUUGAAGUCCACCCAUCUUAAGGUCACCAAGUUUGAUAAAGACUGACAGAGAGUUGGUAGGCCUUCUCUAGGAUGAUAGUGUAGUUACCACUUCCAGAAUCAUUGAAUAUUAGAUGGGACCCUAAGAUCAUCUAGUUCAGGGGUAGGCCACCUUGGCUCUUUUAUGACUCGUGGACUUCAACUCCCAGAAUUCCUGAGCCAGCAUGGCUCAACUUGGAAACUCUCCCUUU